AUUACCCCCCUGCAAAAAUCGACGAGUGGUUGGACCGCUACCAGCAUUGGUCGGCCCUCGAUGGCUGGCCCAGAUCUAAGCGGCCAUAUGGCGCCUGACAUGGUGCAGCGUAAGGUGAAGUCCAAUCUCAACAAGAUGACGCCAGACAACUUCGAGAAGAUUUCCGAUCAGAUCUUGGAGAUUGCGCAUCAGUCGAAGAACGAGACCGAUGGCCGGACGCUACGCCAGGUCAUUCAGCUCACGUUCGAGAAGGCCUGCGACGAGUCUCACUGGGCUGGCAUGUACGCCAAAUUCUGUGCUAAGAUGCUUACCACCAUGAGCACUGACAUCCAAGACGAGACGAUCAAGGACAAGAACGGCAACCCGGUCGUUGGCGGUGCGCUCUUCCGCAAGUAUUUGCUCAACCGUUGUCAGGAAGAGUUCGAGCGCGGUUGGCAAGCUAAUCUGCCUGAUAAGCCGGAAGGUGAGAGCGCAGAAGUCAAGCUGCUUUCAGACGAGUACUAUGUCGCCGCUGCGGCCAAGCGUCGUGGCCUGGGUCUUAUCCAGUUCAUCGGACAACUCUAUAAGCUUAGGAUGCUUACGAUCAAGAUCAUGCACGAGUGCGUCAUGCGUCUGCUCAACUUCGAAGGCGAGCCGGAUGAAGCUACCGUGGAGAACCUGACUACACUCCUCAAGGCCGUGGGGUCUACCAUGGACCAGGAUGAGCAAGGUCAGGGCUUGAUGAAUGCGUACUUCCAGCGCAUUGAGGACGCCUUUGUUAAGAGCGACAAGUUGGCCAGCCGGCCGCGCUUCAUGAUCAUGGAUUUGAUAGACCUGCGGAAAGCGGGCUGGAGGGGUAAGGGCGACACGAAGGGUCCGAAGACUAUUGAUGAGAUUCAC